AUGGCCGCAACGUUCAUACCGGUUUUCUUCCCUUCUUCCUUUUUUAUCAUCGCGUUAUUUGUUUCUGUCCAAAUUCAUUACAAUGCAAUAAGCAACAACCUAAUUAUCCAACUGGCAAGAAAAGAAAGGAAAAAAAAUCCAAAGAAAUUGAGCGACCGACUGAAACAGAAUGCAACAUCAACUCAAACGUCGGCAAAACUGAGCAUAAAUAAUGAAGAAAUUUUUUUAAGCAAUACAUCGGCACAGCAGAAUGUUGAAGAUGAUUACACUCAGCCAGCCAAGAAAGUAAGCUCUGAUCCUUUUGCUAACCUGCUGGAUGGCUGUAGCUCAUCAACCAAUGAAAUUUCAACUGCUAAACCCUCAGGUCAUGAAGAAUUGGGUAGAUACAAAGCCGUGGAUUUGCUAGACGAGUGUUAUGCAUUUCUGCCAGUUCAGCACAAUCUCAGAUGCUCGAUUAAGUCUCUGCACGGGAAGCUGAAGAAGUGGAAUUAA